CAAGCGCUUUGCAAGCUAAUUUGGCUCUCCUUUGUCAAAAACCUGACUUCCGUUCUCAUGUUUUGUUCGAGGUUGUGGAAUGUGCCAUCUUGUGUCACAGUGAGCUAGUUUAUCGCUGUACUCAGCUGAAAUAAUUCUACAGCCAUUACGAUCUUGGGGGAAGGGAGUUUGAUUUAAUCUUGCAUUCAGUUCCAUCCGUACCAAAGACGUCUAUUUACCUUAGCUAGCUGGCUAGCUAACAACAGCAGCCAGCUGAGUUGAAUCCCCUCAACAUGUUUCGAUUCCUGAAUGACGUUGAUGACGACCCCUUCAUGAUGGAUCCAUUCGCAGCUCACAGGCAGCAGAUGAGGGGUAUGUUUGGACCAUUUGCCAUGGACCCUUUUGCACUUGCGCCACAGAUGCAGCCACAUCGUGCACCGCGGCGACAGGCUGGUGCACUGACUCCAUUUGGCAUGAUGGGAAUGGGUGGAGGUUUCAUGGACAUGUUUGGCAUGAUGGGGGAAAUGAUGGGGAACAUGGAAAGGCUAUCCGGUUCGCCAAACUGUCAGACAUUCUCCUCUUCCACAGUGAUCUCCUACUCUUCAUUAGACUCUGGGGCUCCUACAGUAUACCAGCAAACCAGUGCGACAAGAACAGGCCCUGGAGGGAUCCGCGAGACACGUCAGUCGAUGCGAGAUAGCGAAAGCGGCCUGGAGCGCCUCGCCAUCGGUCAUCACAUCGGUGAGCGUGCGCACAUCAUGGAGCGCUCACGGAACCGCCGCACCGGAGACCGCGAGGAACGGCAGGACUUCAUCAACCUGGAUGAGAGUGAGGCUGAAGCCUUUGAUGUGGAGUGGAGGAGUCAGGCAGGACGAUACGCCCCGCCGAACGCCCGGGGGCUGGACUACGGCCGUGACCGACGGGCGGGGGGACAGCAGCUGGCUCUCACCGCACCGCCUAGCUCCACAACCCCGCCGGGCCAUCGGCACGAGUCCCCCCGACACCACCCCCCGCCCCAGCCCCGCCCACGUUACGACUGGUGAAAGGUACAAGAUGUGUAUUUCUUCAAGUAGAGAUAGCUUUGUGCCCUUUAAAGAAGACAUACAGUCAUGGGAAAAAUUAAGACACCGCCCCCUAUGCUGUGAUGAAAAUGCUUUGAAAGACAUGCUAACAUACAUGUAAUACACAUCCUUAUGGUUUUAUACUCAUUAGACAAAUGGUCAAUUACUUAUGGUCAAUUUGUCUUGGCCAUGCCCUGCAAAGAUGUUCUGCUUGAUGGCGAUCAUGUUUUCCAACCAAUCUUACUAACAUUUUAAAUAGGUGAUUGACAGCCCAUUAUAGGUGUGUACCAAAUUUUCGUGUUGAUUCAGCUAAACUCUUCACAGUUACAAUGGGUGUUUUGCGCAGUGCGUUGAACUGUGUGAGAAAUUUGAAGUGAAUCAGACUUAAUGGGGUCAAACUUUGAGGUUUAAUAACAGCGCCACCAAAUUUUCAAGCUUUUAUGUGCUGUCCCAGUUCUUUUUCACUUGACUGUACAUCGUACUAAAAUAUUAAAUAAAUCUUGCAUAUUUAUAAA